AUGGAGGGUGGCUUCACUGGGGGUGAUGAGUACCAGAAGCACUUCCUGCCCAGGGACUACUUGGCUACUUACUACAGCUUCGAUGGCAGCCCCUCACCCGAGGCCGAGAUGCUGAAGUUUAACUUGGAAUGUCUCCACAAGACCUUCGGCCCUGGAGGCCUCCAAGGGGACACGCUGAUCGACAUUGGCUCAGGUCCUACCAUCUACCAAGUUCUCGCUGCCUGUGAGUCCUUCCAAGACAUCACUCUCUCCGACUUUACCGACCGCAACCGGGAGGAGCUGGAAAAGUGGCUGAAGAAGGAGCCAGGAGCCUAUGACUGGACCCCGGUGGUGAAAUUCUCCUGUGAGCUGGAAGGAAACAGCAGCCGAUGGGAGGAGAAGGAGGAGAAGCUGUGGGCAUCGGUCAAGCGAGUGCUCAAGUGCGAUGUCCACCUGGGCAACCCGCUGGCCCCGGCUGUGUUGCCCUCCACCGACUGUGUGCUCACCCUGCUGGCCAUGGAGUGUGCCUGCUGUAGCCUUGAUGCCUACCGCGCUGCACUGUGCAACCUUGCAUCACUGCUCAAGCCGGGUGGCCACCUGGUGACCACGGUCACGCUUCAGCUCUCGUCCUACAUGGUGGGGAAGCGUGAAUUUUCCUGCGUGGCCCUGGAGAAGGAGGAGGUGGAGCAGGCUGUCCUGGAUGCUGGCUUUGACAUUGAACAGCUCCUACACAGUCCCCAGAGCUACUCUGUCACCAAUGCUGCCAACACUGGGGUCUGCUUCAUUGUGGCUCGCAAGAAGCCUGGUCCCUGAGCCAGGAGGGCCAGCCAGAAGUCUGGUCAGGCUGUGAGGCCUUAGCCAUCUGUAUGCUAGAGCGGGGUGAGGAAUGCAUACUGUCUAACAGCCUCUGAUUUCACCACUAACAUUCCAUAUGAAAUUCUGAGAUUCUAACAUCCUUGUUUUAGAAUUCUAAGUUUCCAACAUUCCUCAUUCUAGGAUCCUAGGAGUGGAAUUUUCCAUUUUCUAAUAUACUAAGCCUUACAGCUGUCUUAGAUGUGAUCUGACUCCUGUGUGACUGUGGAGCACCCCGGGACGUGGUUUUAGAGUCUACCUAAUAUAUUAAGGACAAGGAAACCUCUGAGUCUACCUAAUAUGUUAUGGACAAGGAAACCUCUGGACAGUGGUAUAUUGGGGAAUGUUUUAUAACCAGCUCUGUAAUGGAAAAGCACUGAUGUGUGGCAGUCACCAAUUUCUGUGGUGUAAAUACUCCCACCAUGGUUGAUUUCAAGCCACCGGUGGUUUAAUAACCAGAUCAUAAAUCUCCUAAAAAUUUUACAGUUGACUCUCAUGAGCUGAUUGGAGUCAGCUGGAACAUACCACUGCCUCUAGACUAAGGUCAGCAGAUUUAGCAAAUACAGACUGCCCCGGUUCAUUGAAUUUUAGAUAAAUGAAAUAAAUCUUUAAGGUUAAGUAGGUCCCCAGAACUGCAUGGAACAUGCUUAAUCUAAACAAUGAUUUGUUGUUCACCUGAAAUUCAAAUUUGGCUGGGUGUCCUGUAUUUCAUCUGGCAACCCUACUUCAGAUCCAAGUGUAAGGUACAUGUAUGUGCUUUGGUCAAGGAAUAGGCCAAGGCAGAGCUCCAUGCCUGCAUGACUCAGUGGGUUUGGUGCACAGGCACACACCUCCACUUGUUAUACAACCUGUUUGUGUAAGUUCAUACUUGGUCUGAGCCACUGUUGUCUGUAAACGGUAAUUGUCCUGCUAAUGCUGUACAGGGGCUCUUGGGGUUCGGCUCGGCUCAACAUGCCUUGACAUGGCGGGUGUGCUGGCGCCCAGCGAGACAGAGAGAGAAAGCCAAAGCUGUCCGUCUUGCAGAUGGACAGGAAGGAGCCGGGACACAGCUCAGCUUGCUCAUGCCCAGAGAGAGAAAAAGUUAAGCUGCUGACCCUGAAGGCAAGAGAGAGCAGGCUGCACAGCUGUGUGUGGAAGCCGCGGGCUCAAGCAGCCAAGACAGGGCGGACAGUGUGAGAGAGCUAGUGUGAGUAAGCUGUUGAUGAGAGCUGUUGCUGAAUAAAGCCAUAUUCACCUGCCUAUGGGCCCCAAGUGUUCUUUCUGUCCAUCUACCCACUGCCCUCAGACUUCAGCAUGGGCUGGACCUGGACUCCAGGACCUGACACCAAGUGAGAAGAGGAGCAGCCCAGGGAUCAAGGGUAUUCCUCAUACAUAAGGUACCUUUGUGCAAAUUAGGAAGAGGUGCUCCUGCAGAUGGACACAUUGCAGAAAGGAGUGUUCAGG